UCGUUUUGAAAUUACGUCAUUAACAGUCGCCGGUGCCACUCGUGUUGUCAAAAUGAAAUGUUUACAAUGAGAAUUAUCAUAAUUGUUUUACGUGUUUUUAAACACCAUAAAUCGUUUUAGUUAGUCGGUGAGAUGUCGGCGUUCAGCUCAGAGCUCAUUGACUACCUGGAGGGAAGAAUUUCAUUCGAGGAGUUUGAAAUACGGAGAGAGGAAAGAAAAGCUAAAUUGAAGGUAUCGAACGAAGGACGUUCAGAGGAAGAUGAAGAGAUUGGACCAGAUGACACUCUCCCCAGCACUUCCCACGGCCGCAGUCCGAGAAAAUGUUCUAAAAAACGGGCGGCAGCGGAUCCAGAGGAAGGCGUCAGCCCAUCUGUCCAGAAGGCCUUUGCCUCAAUGAUGGAGGAGGGAACAGAGACUGAACAGACUGAGGAAGAGGAGGAGGAGGAGGAGGAGGAUGAAGACAACGAUGACGAUUAUGAAGAAGAGGAAGAGGAGGAUUCAGAGGAGGAGAGGAAGGUUGAAGCUAAGGGAGAUGAGGAAGGGCCCUCAGCUGGGGAUGUCUUUGCUCUGGAAAUGGAGCUUAACCGAGAGAACAAGAAGAUGAUGAAGGAGAGACGUAACCGCAGCAAGCUGCCCCGGGCCCUGAGGGGCCUCAUGGGAGAAGCCAACAUCCGUUACGCCCGCGGAGACAAGGAGGACGCCGUCCUGAUGUGUAUGGAGAUCAUCAGACAGGCCCCGCUGGCCUACGAGCCCUUCUCCACCCUGGCUAUGAUCUAUGAAGACCAGGGGGACAUGGAGAAGUCUCUACAGUUUGGCCUGAUCGCUGCUCAUCUCAACCCCAGCGACUGUGAGGAGUGGGUCAAGCUGGCCGACAUGUCUCUGGAGCAGGACAACAUCAGGCAGGCCAUCAUAUGCUACACCAAAGCCAUUAAGUAUGACCCCAGUAAUGUGCGCUACCUAUGGGAACGUUGCAACCUGUAUGAGCAGGUGGGGGAACACAAGCAGUCCAUGGACGGGUACCGUCGUAUCCUCAACCUACUGCCCCCUACUGACGGGGAGCACUUCAUGCAGCUGUCACGAGACAUGGCCAAAAGCUACUAUGAGAGUAGUGACCUGCCAUCAGCCAUGGGGGUGAUGGAAGGCCCUGAGGAGACACCCAGAGCUGGAGAAGAUGGUUCUCUCUCCAGAAGAAGAUGGAGAGGAGUGACCCCAGAAGAAGAUGGGGGAAUGGAGGGGGACCCUGAGAAAGAACAGGAGAUGAAAACAGCAACAACAGAGGAGACUGGUGAGACUGGAGGGGAGGUUAGAGAGGUGGUAGUUCCAGACCAUGUACCAGUGGACAUCAGAGUGAAACUCAUGGUCUGUCUGAUCCACCAGCAUGUUUACAGACCUCUGGAUUCCAUGUUGACGUCUCUGAUGGAGCAGAGCCCAGAGGAGCUGGGGGAUCUGUACCUGGAUGUGGCUGAGGCCUUCCUGGACCAGGGAGAGUACAACUCAGCCCUGCCUCUUCUCUCUGCCCUGGUCUGCUCUGAGAGAUACAACCUGGCUGUUGUCUGGCUCCGACACGCUGAGUGUCUGAAGGCGCUGGGCCACAUGGAGGUAGCAGUGAAGAGUUACAACAGGGUAGUACAGAUGGCUCCUCUUCACCUGGAGGCCAGGCUGUGUCUGUCUACUCUGCAGCAGCAGCUGGGUCGACCUCUCUGUGCCCUCAAGGCCCUGGAGCCCAUGUACGACCCAGACACACUGGCACAGGACGCCUCCGCAGCACAGCAGGAGUUGAAGCUGCUGCUACACCGCUCUACUCUCCUGCGUUCCCAAGGCCGACUGGAUGACUACCUGGAUACCAUGCUGACCAUGCUGGCUAUGCUGCUGAAGGUGGCUAUGACGCGGGCCCAGGUGUGUGUCAAAGCCAGCAUGUGGGCGGGGGUCAGACACCUGCGUCUGGUCAAGGUGUCUAAGGACCUGGUGUCUGACAUCCACGACCAGGAGGCAGCCUACCAGGACAUCAGUGGUAAGACCAGUGUGUUGUCUCGUGAGGACUGGUGGUUACUGUUGGUGAGGUGUGUGUGUACGCUGUGUGAGAUGAAGCGUUUUAAAGAGGCAGAGCUGCUGGUAGACUCUUCUCUGGAGUUCUACUCCUUCUAUGACGUCAAGGUGAAGAGGAAAGAGCUGGAGUUCUUUGGUCUGUCGGCUGCUUUCCUGGACCAUAACUACCGCAAGGCCUACGAUUACAUCAGAUUGACGCUGAUGGAGAAGCAGGAGUGGCCCAUGCUGUGGAAUGUAUUCAACCAGGUGACCCUUCACUCCCAGGACGUGCGUCAUCAUCGUUUCUGUCUGCGUCUGAUGAUGAAGAACCCAGACAACCACGCCCUGUGUGUUCUCAGUGGACACAACGCACUGGUGUCUGGCAGCUUCAAACACGCACUCGGUCAGUAUGUUCAGGCGUUCAGGUCUAAGCCAGAUGAACCUCUGUACAGUCUGUGUGUUGGCCUCACCUUCUUCCACAUGGCGUCUCAGAAGUUUGUGGUUAAACGCCACCCGCUGAUACUGCAGGGAUUCUCAUUCCUGUGGCGUUACGUGGAGCAGCGUGGGCCCUGCCAGGAGAGCAUGUACAACCUGGGACGGGCCCUGCAGCAGAUGGGCCUGGCACACCUCGCCAUUCACUAUUACCUCAAGGCUCUCAGCUUCCCUCCUCUUACACUAGAGGGUAUUGCGGAUGACCAGGUAGACACUGUCAGGUAGAUAGCCUUCAACCUGUCAAUCAUCUACCAGGCCAGUGGAAACACUGAGAUGGUACGACACCUCAUCAACACAUACUGCACUGUAUAAUGACCUAUCAGGUCCUCUAUACUGGUCUGUAUAAUGACCUAUCAGGUCCUCUAUACUGAACUGUAUAAUGACCUAUCAGGUCCUCAUUACUGAACUGUAUAAUGACCUAUCAGGUCCUCUAUACUGAACUGUAUAAUGACCUAUCAGGUCCUGUAUACUGAACUGUAUAAUGACCUAUCAGGUCCUCUAUACUGAACUGUAUAAUGACCUAUCAGGUCCUCUAUACUGAACUGUAUAAUGACCUAUCAGGUCCUCUAUACUGAACUGUAUAAUGACCUAUCAGGUCCUCUAUACUGAACUGUAUAAUG